CGUGUCCAGGGUCAGACGUGUGCGCAGGUAGCCUGUGGGAAUACAGGUGUCACGCCACAUCGUACGACUACAUAACGUUUGAUUAACAACUGCUAACGUUAUAUAUACAAGCCGAGGGGUCAAAAGGUAACUUAUCAAGGUUGGCGUUCCAUUCAAGAUGGCGGCCACCAUCCCUUCAAAGCUGUGUUUGCCGGCGUACAGUAGACUUCCCUUGCUUCGUGCGUGCCGGGGAAGGUGUUUCAGCGGCACAGGGGCGGUGGGUGCAGCCCGGCUGGUACAGGUGGAGGAGCCACCGCCUUACACACCUGCUCGUCUUGCGGGGAGACAGUACCUGAGCGGAUCGCACUCCCCGGGGUUUCCGGAGUUCCUCGGCAGCGUUCGCCCCGGCUUCCCGGCCGUGUUCCAGCCGGCGCACGCCACCGGGCCGCUCGAGGAGUGGGCUUCGGUGGUGAAGGGCGUGAUAGACCGAGAGCUGACGGGGGCAGGGGCGCUGCUGUUCCGAGGACUGCCGAUCCGGACUGACCAGGAUUUCGGACAGUUCUGCAAACGGCUGGGGUACGACAUGAUGGUGUAUAAGGGUGGCGCUGUGGACAGGUCUGAGCUGACCGACAUGGUGUACACAGCAGCGGACGAGCCUCUGGAGAUGACCAUAGACCUGCACACCGAGAUGUCCUACCUGCCGCAGUGGCCGAAAAAGUUGAUGUUCUGCUGCAUCAAACCACCUGGAGAACAAUAUGGCGGCGAGACGCCGGUCACGGACAUGCGCAGUGUGUUGAGAGACAUGGACCCUGUCUUACUCGAUCGUCUGCGCAAGCGCGGGAUUCGCUACAUUCGAAACAUCGCCGACAGGUCACGUGACGUCUGGUGCUGGCAGCGGACGUUCCGGACAGAGGACAGGGAGGAGGUGGAGAAGUUCCUGACGGAGCGUGACUUCUCCUUCCAGUGGAACAGUGACGACUCGGUGACGUAUUGGUACGUCAUGCCCGCCACGCGUGAUCACCCUGACACCGGCGAGACGCUGUGGUUCAACCAGGCCACGUCCCACCACUGCAGCUACUUCUACCAGCACCCCAACUUCGGCGGCGCCGAGCAGGCCAAGUUCCGCUACCCCUUCCACACAUGCUACGGGGACGGCGAGGAGUUCAGGCAGGAAGAGGUAACGCACAUGCAGCAGAUUCAGUGGAGGCACGCAGUAGGGUUCCACUGGCAGGCCGGGGACGUGUUGGUUGUGGACAACAUGGUGACGGGGCACGGGAGGAUGGGAUGUACGCCUGGGGUCAGCGGAAGGAAGGUGGUGGUCAGCUUAACCAGCAACUAGCCAGGACUUCAAGAUCAGCUUAACCAUCAACAAGCGAGGAUUUCAAGAUCAUCUCAAUCAGCAACUAGCCAGGACUUCAAAUCAUCCUAACCGGGCACUAGCCAGGACUUUAAGAUCAUCUUAACCAGUAACUAACCAGGACUUUAAGAUCAUCUUAAGCAGCAACUAGUCAGGACUUCAAGAUCAUCUUAACCAGCAACUAGCGAGGACUUUGAGAUCAUCUUAACCCAUCAACUAGCCAGGAUUUCAAGAUCAUCUUAAUCAGCAACUAGGACGUCAAAAUAGUCUCCACCAGGCCUAAGGUGUUAUACGGAUCGUAGAAUUCGAGAAAAGGGGAAUAAUUGGUAGCCUCCAUAGUAGCCUCCAUGGGCCUUUUGCUGGCCAUCUGUUUUUAUACUGGUUCGUUUGUGCCGCCGGUCCGUACACAAACAACCUAGUACAAAAAGAAAUGGCCAGCAAAAGGUAUGAGCCAAAAAGAC